GUUGGCGCUGCGGUGUUGUUGUUGUUGGUCGUCGUCGCUGUGGCGCAGCACGCGCAGCACUCGUCCGGGAGUUGUCCUGUGACAAGGCAGCGGCAGAUAGGGAGGGACACCCGUCGCGUCUCAGGCGUUCCAGGCCCAGGAGGCAUGCGCUGAGGCCGCGCCGAGCGACAGAGCGCCGCCGCCGCCGCCUCCCAGGCCGUGCAGGCCGUCCAGGCCGUCCAGGCCCCAGGCCCCAGGCCGCCGCCAUGGACUACAUCCGCGAGUUCGACAUCCGGCUGGACCGCGAGAUGUACUACGCCGGCGAGACCAUUGUCGGCCACGUCCUGCUGGACACCAUCGAGAACUUCAAACUGCGAGCGGUGCGCGUGGUGCUGCGCGGCAAGGCGCACGCCGAGUGGAAGGUGGUGCUGAGCGGGGACCGGCGCACCGUCAAGGACGACCAGUACUUCAUCGACGACCGCGCCAUCAUCUGGGGCUCAGAUAAGCCCGAGGGCAACGUGCCGAUCCUGCCGCGCGGCCACCACCAGUUCCCCUUCAAGUUCCAGCUGCCCGAGUCCUCGCUGCCCUGCUCCUUCGAGAGCAAGCCUGGCUUCAUCCGCUACUACAUCAAGGUCACCGUGGACAUCCCCUACGCCUCGCCGCCGCAGGGCAUGAAGUACUUCACCAUCAUCGGACCGCACAUCGACUGCAUGGACGAGCAGUACCUCAAGCCGAUGGUGGGGCAGGACAAGCGGCCCACCUGCUGCCUGUGCUGCCAGAAGGGCGCCGUGAUGCUGAGCACGCAGCUGGAGCGCUCCGCCUACUGCUCCGGGGAGUCGCUCAAGCUGCGCGCCUCCGUGGAGAACCAGGGCGAGGAGAAGGUGCGCCUUAAGGUGCGCCUCAUGCAGUACGUGGAGUACUUCAUCGACCGGGGCAUGCUCGGCGUCACCAAGGAGCUGCAGCACCUCGUGCUGGAGUACCGCGGCGAGGAGGUGGGCCCGCACUCGCACCGCAACUGGGACUCCGGGGGGACGCUGCGCCUGCCCGUCAUGCCGCCCUCGCUGGUGGGGGUGUGCCGCCUGCUGCAGAUCUACUACGUCCUCAAGGUGAACCUGGAGUUCGAGCGGUCCGGCGACGACCUGCAGAUGCACUUCCCGGUGACCAUCGCCACGGUGCCCUUCCGCAUCCCCAACAGCCCCACGCAGCCCAACAUCCAAUACGAGGUGGCGAGCGAGCACGUGGAGGGCGGCACCUACAUCGGCCCCGAGUUCCUCCUGGGCCAGGUCUACGACGGCAGCACCAACCUGCCGCAGGAGACGGUCGUGCUGUACAGGCCCGUGUACGUCGCCGUCGUCCCCAACAAGGAGUAGGAGCAGCGGCCAUACAGCAGCAGCCAUGCAGCAGCCAUGCAGCAGCAGCCCGCCCCAAACCUCAGAAACGGAUUUUUCGCGGCCGCACCGCGAGGAUUUGUUUGGUGGUGUCAAUUUUGAACUCAGCGGGGGCUAAAAAAAAUAAUACAGUGGAAAACGCCGAAGAGGACCAAGACGUAGGGCUAGAGAAGAGCGAAGGACAAGGACGCCGCCGUCGUUGGGCGGACGGGCCGACCCUGGACCCUAUCGGCCCAGCCCUGGGCCUGGGACGCGCCAUGUGCCGUCGUGGGUUUUUGGAUUAUUUUUUUUCCUGUGGACCAGAAGCCAUGAGGAAGUGAAUUAGUGAAAUUGUGAUAAGCGCCGCAGGUCGGCUUGAGUGUCAGCGUGAGAGAAAUGUGUACAGUAGUCAUUCUUGCUAUUAAUAAUUAUUAUAAGAGUUACUAGUUUUACUUGUGUGUUUUGUCAUCGUUGAUGUCAUUCGGUCUGUCUUUUCACAAGGAGGAAAAAAUAUUUUAAAAAAAUACUUUGUGUGCUAUCAAUUAUUAAAAAACUUUUCUGCUGUCUAGCACUGUGUCCUUCCAAGGAGAGGUGAAUAAUUGGAGAAGUGGGAGAGUGUUGAGGUGUUGAGGUAUGGAAGACUGGAGGAGGUGGCAAAAGUCUUGGGAUGCUGAAGUGUGAACUACCAUGCAGAUACAGAAUACAGAACUAAGUCAAUCAACAACGUGUCUUUGCUCAGAGCUCACACUAUUUUCAAGCAAUUGUGCUUAUUGGGAUAACAGGAUUUUUUUUUCCAAAAUUUUUUUUGAGGGCAAAGGCAGUGCCACUUCCAAAAUUUUAGUUGUUAAAAUCACAGUGAUUAAUUCCCCUCUAGUUUUGAGAUGAAAAAAUUGCCUAUUUUGAGAUUGAAUUGCAAUCGUUCGCAAGUUAUUUUUCAUUACAGAGUAGGUAAAUAUCAGGGUUGCGUCACUCAUGAGUAUGAUGGAUGUCUCGCUAUCUCUGAUGAAGGGUCUUAUUUUUUUGAGACAGAGAAACAGUUAAAAAUGCUCUGUCUUUGCCACCUCAUCCUUCUUAAAGAGAGCAUUUCUUUCAGUCACGGAUGAUUAUAUAUGUUAUUUUUCCAUUGGACUUUAUACAAUUUUUAAAGUUUACUUAUAUUGUCGUUCAGCAGCUAAAAUGUAGUUGAUGACAAGAAUAUAGCACAGGUCUGUAUGAAAUACGCUUACUGGUAUCAAUACAAUGAAGAUUACCUUAAUGUGUGUGGCUAAAAGAAAAAACUUAAAUACACUCUCAACUGCUCAAACCUAAACUUUUUAAAUGUACGUGUGAACGAUGCACAAGGAAUUUUUAAAGAUUAAUUCACCUACUAUUGUAACGUUUUAAAAGAUAAUCAUUUUUAUGUUGUGAACACAUGCUGUAUGAAAAUGAAUUGGCGAUACGAUGUCAUAUCCCCCAAAGAUAUACAGUAAUGUUCCUGAUGUUAGGUGGGUUUAGAGCCUCGUUUUCUUAAAUCAUCUCUUUCAUCCUUCCCCCAACAUGCCCAUGAGUAACCCUUUAGUUUUUUCAUUUGCUCAUGAGGUGAAGUUUGUAUCUUCUAAUUAUAAUUAUCUAGAAAAGAAUGUAAAUGUUAAAUUUUUGUAUGUAUUAAAUUAGCACUAAGUUAUACAGGUGAGGAUUGAAGUGCUUUUUGGUUUGUUUAAUCAUAGAGAAAAAUCUUAAUUAUCUUAAAUCAUUGUAUACGAAAAGCAGUCUUUUAAAUCUUGUUCUGAAAGAGGUCUUGUGUUUGGCAGAGCUAUUGCCAGCAAUGUGCUGUGCUCUGAUUGGCAUUUGAGUUGUUUCCUCUCUUUUGCCAUCAUAUUCCAAAAAGAAAAGAAACUCUAAAGAGCAAAUGGUUUUGCUGAUACCAUUCUGUCAAACAGUCUUCAUAAAUUUUGAAAUGUCCACUGGAAGCUGAAUGCCUCUUUCCCUUUUAACCAACACAACAAUAAUCAAUUAUACAGUAAGAAUUAAAUGUUGUUUUCUUUAUGUUGUGUACAGUGCAAAAUAUUCUUCAAAUGUUACUUGAUGUCAUGACUGAAUCUUAUUGCAAAUAAAAGUAAGUAAGUAAUCCAAAUGUUCUUAUUGCAAAACUAAUGCCUCUAUAAUGUGUUUCCUUAAUAGAAUACGAGGGUAAUAAGUAAGCAAAUGGAGAUAAGAUGUAAAUGUUUUAUUGAAAAAUUGUCCAGAGGAAUUUGAAUGUCAUAUCAAUCAUGGAUCAAUACAGAUGUGAUGAAGAAUAAACAAGACGGCAUUCAAACUGUGCACUUGAUUUUCAGAAGACCUAGCUUGAGGCUCAGGAGACCAAUUCUUGAAAAGAUGCUGUUUUAGAACAUUACACCUUCCACCCACACCUACUCUAACGGUAAGAAUACAAACUAUGACUAUACGACAGGGAGAAGUAAGACAGGAGAAAAGACAAGUUUUAAAAAAGGCUGCAGUAGCUUCUCUGUAUACUCUAAGAGCUUCUCCACUUAAGUGUUUUCCCCCCUGAUUUUUGCAUUAUUGUUUACAAUUGAACUUGACAAGAAACAAUAUGUAAAAACAUAAUGAAAGAAGAUCACAGCAUGUUACUUAAAAUCUAACAGGAGUACAAAACCAUAUCCAAAAUGGAAACACACG